GAGCGCGAGAGAGAGAGAGAGAGAGAGAGGUCCAGAACGCAUUGGAGCUGCAGUGAAGAAAGAAGCCACAUUCUCACUUCACACUUUCCACAGAGCCUCAAACCCGAGUGAAUACUUUUGGUUGAAGAAAAGUUGCUGAAGCGGACAUGGACGGGAGAACGAGUGGACGCGCGUCGCUGCUGUGCACCUUGCUGUGGACACUGUUAGUGUGCUGUGCGGCUGUGAGUGUGAAGGUUACGCCUAAAGUGGAGGUUUUAAAGGGAGACACGGCCAAACUGCCCUGCACGUAUUCUGGCACGCCACCGUCCGGCAACGAUCUUGUGGAAUGGUACAUUGAGGAGCAGGGAACCAGGAAGCGCGUGGCUUUCCGACCCCAGGGUGGCGCUGGAAAGAGUGACGAGUUCACCCCACUGAGCGGCCGGGUCACUAUCGGAGAGGACUUCACCUUGACCAUCACGUCCACUCAGCCCUCCGACGAGCUGGUGUUCUACUGCCAGGUCAACGCUGGCCCUGCCGGGGUGGCAGACGCUUCCACCAUGCUCAAAGUCUUCUUCGCUCCUGAGAAGCCAGAACUCACGAAACCAUCAAGUCAGGCCAUUUCUGUGGGAGAGACCACCAGCUCUGAGAUUGGCACCUGUGUGGCGAAGAACGGACAUCCUCAGCCGAGAAUUAUCUGGUUCAAAGACGGUCAACCUCUCGCUGAACAUAAGGACAGGAAAGAAAAGACCUACAUGGUCCCGUCAGUGGUGAAAGAGGCCUCAGGUCUCUCCACCGCCAAGAGCACCCUGUACAUGCAGCCCAACAAGGCCGACAAGGACUCGGUGUUCCACUGCGUCGUGGAGUACAGCAUGCCAGGAGACCUGAUCAAGCAGAAGAAGUCUGACACCAUCACCAUCAACCUCAACUAUCCGUCUGAGAAAGCGACCUUCGCGCUCGUCAACAAGGACCAAGUGAAGGAAGGCGACGCCGUCACCAUGAAGUGUGAGACGGACGGAAACCCCCAGCCCGAGUUUGACUUCAGUAAAGAUGGGAAGCCCAUCACCGGUCAGGGCGGUCUCCUCGUCCUGAAAUCCGUCAAGCGCUCCGACGAAGGCGUAUAUACGUGCACGGCCAUAGAUUACGAUAACUUGGAUGCCGAGCUGAGCGGAGCCAUCACCCUCAAAGUCCACUACCUGGACCCAGUGAGCGUCACACCUGCUGAGCCCCAGGUCGCGAUGCUCGGCGACAAGGUGGAAUGGCAGUGUAAGACCAAGGCCUCUGCUCCACACACUGUUCAGUGGAAAAAGGGCUCUGAGGUUCUCUCGCAGGACGGCACGCUGUCAAUACAAGAUGUUUCCUUCGAUAAAGCUGGAGAGUACGCGUGUGUCGGAGCCGUGCCGUCUGUGGCAGGACUGACAGCUGAGACUCGCGUCAACCUCACCGUCAGAGGAAAGCCAAUGAUUAUGACUCCCGCUGCCGGUGAGGUGGGGAAGGAAGGAGACACGGUGUCACUGAAGUGCUCGGCUUACGGCUACCCCGCCCCCCAGUUCACCUGGAAACCCUCAGGAAAAGAGUCUGUAUCAGUGGAAGGCAACAAGGUGGUGAGCACCGUGACCCUGCAAGCCACAGCCGAGGUCAUGAAGGGCGGGGUGACCUGCGAGGUCACCAACGAGCAUGGAACUGAUAGCAAGAACUUCCCAGUAUCUCUUAAACGAGCAAUUGGCAACUCAGCUGACAGAGUGCUGCUUUCUGGAAUCCCUGUGCUUAAGUCAGCUGACAAGCAGCAGGGAGGCUCCAGCGGUGUGGUGAUAGCUGUGGUGGUGUGUGUUCUGCUGCUGCUGCUGCUGGUGGCCCUGCUCUACUUCCUCAACAAGAAGAACAAGCUGCCCUGCAGCAAGAAGGACAAGAAGGAAGUAUCCAGCGGGGACGUGAACAACGACAUUGUCGUGGAGAUGAAGACAGACAAGGGCAAUGAAGAGGCGGGUCUCCUCCACAAGAGACCGGCCACCGAACAGUGAUGAACUGAGCUGAGGAAAUCCACCGACAGAGGGAGGAAGGACGGACGGAGGACAGCGGGUUAUUAAGACGCAACAGGGCUCAUUUUUGUUAUUUACUGAAGGGGGACAACACGUGGUGGAACAUGGAAGUGGCUUUUGGGAACUUUGGGAGAAACUGCACGUUUCUAACCUGGAGUAGAACAGUCGGGUGAAGUCACUCUGCUUUGUUCUGUUUUGUAUUAAAACUCCAUCCCUCUGCACUACUACAGGUUAGAAAGAAAACGAAAUCAUAACGUUACUCAUAAUCACUGGAUUGUCUUUUAAUUUAAACCCGUUAUUCACCAAUCACAUCUUUGACUCCACGGCAGAGUAGAGCUGAACACUGACACAUGAGCAUGAUCUACCCCACAAUGAACCACUGUGUUCUUUCACGAGUGUGUGUUUGAAGCACUGCUCUGCACUGGAGUCUGCACUUAAAUCAUCUGCCAGCUCCGUCAUCACAGAGCUGUCACAGAGCUGUUUGUGUGUCUGUCAUUUGUGUAACAACCCUCGGCACUGUGUGCGGCCCACGCGGCGCUAAGCGUUUCCACUCUCAGAAGCUCUGCGUUUGCUUUCGUGCCAUUUGUUUCAUCGCAUUUUCUUUUUUGUUUCCCCCUUUUUCCACUCCCCGCUAAUGAUCUUUCAGUAGAAGCAGCUCCGGCAUUUGAUCACACUGAUUCUGUCUCUGAAACAAAAA